UGAAAACAACAGACUGACUGAGGCGUGGUAGAGUCUCACGGGUCAGCUGUCCGCUGACGUGCUGCUGCUAAACUCACAAUUAAGUUUGAAUUUUAUGAGGAUUUUAUUAGAAUAUGACCGUGAACAACAUGGCAGAUCCAAGACGACCGAAUAAGAUUUUUCGCUACAAGCCUCCCAACACAGAGACUAACCCCACGCUGGAAGAUCCUACACCGGAUUACAUGAAUCUGCUCGGCAUGAUCUUCAGCAUGUGUGGCCUGAUGCUCAAGCUUAAAUGGUGCGCAUGGAUUGCUGUGUAUUGCUCGUUCAUCAGUUUUGCCAAUUCCCGAAGCUCAGAGGACACCAAACAAAUGAUGAGCAGCUUCAUGCUGUCCAUAUCGGCAGUCGUGAUGUCUUAUCUGCAGAACCCACAGCCCAUGUCGCCACCGUGGUAACAAAUAAUCCAAACCCAGUAAGCCAUCUCAGCAGGGAUGGCAUGAGAACCAGCUGAUCCACCCACAGUCCUUCUGGACCGCAGGGAUGUACACUCAUCAGCCCAGCUGGCCAAUCAGAGGCUGACAAAUUGACUGAUGUAGCUCCUGUACGAUCGUUUCAAGUUUUCCCUGUGCUCACCGGUUGUUUUUAUGUAUGUUACCAUGCUAUACUAAAAUAUUCAUAUGCUGUGAAUGAUUUUGAGAAAUAAAUCAGCGAUUUUGUGCGCUGCUUCAAACA